AGAGAACUGGAUAAGAUCAUCAUUCUCUUCACACAUAUCUAAGCAAACACCCCGGGUGAAGAAAAAACCGAAACCAACCUCUCCCUACUACCGAAAUGCUGACAUGGCUGACUCUUUCUGCCCAGAUUGCAAGCGUCCAACCGAAGUUGUCUUCGACCACUCAGCCGGAGACACUGUCUGCUCCGAGUGCGGUCUUGUUCUUGAGGCUCAUUCCAUAGACGAGACCUCUGAGUGGCGAACCUUUGCCAAUGAGUCUGGGGACAAUGACCCAGUUCGUGUCGGCGGUCCUUCUAAUCCUCUUUUGGCCGAUGGUGGCCUCUCUACCGUCAUUUCCAAACCUAAUGGCUCCUCUGGUGAUUUCUUGACAUCCUCUUUGGGACGCUGGCAGAACCGCGGGGCAAACCCGGAUCGUUCCCUUAUCCAGGCCUUUAAGACCAUUGCCACCAUGUCUGACAGGUUGGGCCUUGUUGCAACCAUUAAGGAUCGAGCCAACGAAAUAUAUAAGAAAGUUGAAGAUCAGAAACCUCUUAGAGGCCGAAACCAGGAUGCAAUUUUGGCUGCUUGCCUCUAUAUUGCCUGUAGGCAAGAAGACAAACCCCGCACCGUAAAAGAAAUAUGCUCUGUUGCCAAUGGAGCCACAAAGAAAGAAAUUGGUCGUGCAAAAGAGUAUAUCGUGAAGCAAUUGGAGGUGGAGAUGGGUCAAUCCAUGGAAAUGGGAACAAUACAUGCUGGGGACUUUCUGAGACGUUUCUGCUCCCAUCUUGGUAUGAGUAAUCAAACAGUUAAGGCUGCUCAAGAAGCUGUACAAAAAUCUGAAGAGCUGGAUAUAAGGAGAAGCCCAAUAUCAAUUGCAGCUGCUGUCAUUUACAUAAUAACCCAACUGUCAGACGAUAAGAAGCUUCUCAAAGAUAUAUCUCUAGCAACAGGAGUGGCUGAAGGGACCAUUAGAAAUUCCUACAAGGACCUCCAUCCCCAUGCUUCGAAGCUUGUACCAAGCUGGUAUGCCAAAAAGGAAGACCUUAAGAAUCUCUGCAGUCCUUAAAUAACGACAGGAACCCAUGCACCACCUUUUUGGUAGCUGCUUUUGUUUGUUUGGACAGGCAAAGUCACAAUUCCCACUCUGAGUAAUUUAUUUCACCUCUAACUUGUAUCAGUAAGUUGUUUGAUCCUACUUUUCUUAGUGAAAACAAUAUCCCUUACUUUCAGCAGCAAGAGAUAUACUGCCGCAGUGUAGUUUAAAGUAGUCAGGUCUUUUAACACAUCAUGAUGCAACUGGCAGAUAGGAUAAUUGUUUCUUUCAGGUAUGCGAGUGAGUCAAGUAGGUCUAAACUCUUACUCAGUUAAGAGAACCUUUUUCCAUUCCUUGUAAUUGAAAUGUAGUCAGGUGACAUUGUGAACUGAUAGCUUGUUUGUAGGGCAGAAUUAUGCAUUCAUACAUCAAUGCCAAGUGCAAACCAAAGUGUCAAGCCCAGUU